AUGCAGGUAUUCACCGAGACUAUCGUCCUGAUGCUUCUUGGUGGCCCGGACGGCAUCGCUUCAACACGCAUGCCAAUUCCGUCUACUUCAUGGCAUCACACAAGCGAUAGUCCUGCUGCUAUCGCAACGCAUCUUGAAGCAACAGUUAUCAACGAUUCCACUGGGCAGUCUGUAUCGGCAUCGCCGCCCCUGGUCCUCGGUCCAGCCUGGCAGGCACCAUCAGCAUCGACAGCCGUCAUCACGGCAGCUAUAAAACCACCGGAUCUGCGCCGCUCGCUUUGUGGGCUCGGUGGCUGUACCGCUAGAGUGUCCACUAACCCGUUGCUAUUCGCCAUGCAGGUUAGUUCACCCCACAGUUUAUUCGCUAAAAGAACGAGUAACUACCUCUUAGUACAGCUGCCGAGCCCCCGGUGCUUGUUUUCCUUGGUUGAUGAAUGUAUUGCUGCUGUGCGUUUCCUGCUGCUGCUCUCGGGUGAUAUUGAACAAAAUCCUGGACCUGACUCAGCAGCGGUACUGGCUGAACUGAAGAAACUAUCUUCCGGACAAUCUAAACUUCUCUCUGAAGUACAGGAUCUAAAAUGUCAGCUACUAGCGACCAAUGCCACCCUGUCUGAACUCAGUAAGCGCCUCACAAACGUGGAAACAAAUUGCCAGCAAAUUGAACCCUUGAGGCAGCAGCUCGGAACAGUGCAAACCGACACCGCUGAAACGGCUACUCGAGUUUGCAAUCUUGAAACCCGCCUUGAUGAGGCGGAAAACCGCUCUCGACGUAAUAAUUCGAUCUUUUAUGGCAUUAGUGAUACUAACAAAUCUGAAUCAUUUGCUCAGUCUGAAGAAUUGGUAAUUCGGCUGUGCUCCGAGCAAUUGAACUUUUCCUUGGAGCCAAAGGAAAUUGAGCGAGCACAUCGCCUUGGUCGAUACUGUCCUGGUCGUAACCGGCCUAUUAUUGUCAAGCUUUCAUUUUUUAAAACCAAGGAAGCCAUCUUGUCAAACGGCCGUAGGUUUAAAAACACGCCUUACUGUGUGGGCGAAGAUUUUUCCAAGAAAGUGCAGAACGCGCGCAAACACCUUGUCGCUUUUGCGAAAAUCAAGGCAGUUCCUUUUUCCCUUCACUACAAAACAUUAUUGAUUGGAUCAAAGCGCUAUACUUUUGAUGAGACGUCCCAAUCCGUUAAAGAAUCAUAG